AUGGGCUGCACGCAAUCUAAGAUCGAGAAUGAGGAAACUGUAAAUCGAUGCAAAGAGCGGAAGCAAUAUAUGGAGCGGGCCGUUAUGACCCGCAACAAGUUUGCGGCAGCCCACUCAGCCCACGCCAUGUCCUUGAAGAACAUCGGUGCCGCCCUUAGUGACUAUGCUCACGGGGAAGUUGUACAUCCCCCCGCCGGCGGCGGCGGCGGCGGAGGUGGAAUUAGUGUUGAUGCCACCCUUCAGCCACCAAUUCCGCCUUAUGAUAAUUUUGCUCCCCCUCCCCCACCCCCUUCGUUCAAUCCGACUCCUUCGCCGCUACAGCGGGCGUCUACAGUUCCUGAAUUUCGAACUGAAUUAAAGCGUUCGAACUCGAUAAUUGAGGAGGAGAACGAAGAGGACAUUGAAAAUGAGAGCGCUCAUAGUUUGAAACAUCGCAGCAGUAAGAGCAGUGGACGGGGUAGUAUGGGGGGGAGAGGUGGACUUUCACGUAAGAAGGUUACUGAGGAAGACGUCUUGCAGAAGCCACCUCCGCCAAUGCGGCCAAAUGAACGCGAUCACGAGCAUCCGGCCCCUCCUCCUCCUCCUAUGAAUAACGACGAUUCUUGGGAUUAUUUGUUCGAGGCAGAUAUGCAAGGGUCGACGCUGGCUGAUGUGGAGGAUGAUCAAUUCCUGGUACAGGAAAUUGAGCGAAAAAUGCAAGAAGAAAGGGCUAAUAAAAGUGAACUGGACGGUGAAGUUGAUGGAGGGAGGAGGGUUGAGCACGUGGAGGUGGCCCCUGAAGUGGCGGAAGGCUCGGUGUAUCUUUCAAAACAGCCUCCUCCGACUCAAACAGCAGUGGCAACAAAGCUGACCAAGAGAGAGAAAAUGGUGGCUCCAGCAGAAGGGAAAACGAAAGGCGGACAGAGUAAUACAAACUUGUUGCAAAUAUUCGUGGAUCUUGAUGAUUAUUUUCUCAAGACUUGCGAGAGUGCUCAUGAUGUAUCUAGGUUGCUUGAGGCGACCCGCUUGCAUUAUCACUCAAAUUUUGCGGAUAAAAGAGGACACAUUGAUCAUUCUACUAGGGUCAUGCGCGUCAUUACAUGGAAUAGGUCCUUCAAAGGUUUACCUAACGCAUAUGAUGGAGUUGACGACUUUGAUUCUGAAGAGCACGACACUCAUGCAGCAGUGUUGGACAAGAUACUGGCGUGGGAGAAAAAGCUUUAUGAUGAAGUUAAGGCAGGUGAGCAAAUGAAACUUGAAUAUCAGAAAAAGGUGGCUUUGUUGAAUAAGUUGAAGAAACAUGGCUCAAAUAUAGGCGCCUUAGAGAGGAUGAAAGCAGCAGUUAGUCAUUUGCAUACCAGAUACAUUGUUGACAUGCAAUCCAUGGACUCCACCGUAUCAGAAAUUAAUAGUUUGCGCGAUGAUCAACUGUAUCCGAAACUUGUUACCCUUGUUGAUGCGAUGGCUAUAAUGUGGGAAACUAUGAGAAUGUACCACGAAAAACAAUCUGAGAUAGUGCUAGCUUUGAGACACGUGGACAUUUCUCAAUCUCCUAAAGAAACAAGUGACCGCCACCACGAGCAAACUCGACAGUUAUGUGGUGUUGUUCAGGAGUGUCAUUCACAUUUCAUUGAACUCAUGUCUCAGCAGAAAGAAUAUAUUAAAUCUCUGAACUUUUGGUUGAAGCUAAAUAUCAUUCCUAUAGAUACAAACUUGAAGGAGAAAGUUUCAUCUCCCCGUGGGACCCAAAACCUCCCGACUAUAUGGCAGUAUCAGAAAGAGGAGUUGGAUUUAAGAAACAAAUGUGCAGAGUCGAGGAAGGAGCUUAUGAGAAGGACCCGAGAGUUCGAGAAUUGGUAUAAUAAAUAUAUGCAGAGGAAAACCCCACCUGAUGAAAUGGAUGCAGAUAGAGCACACGAUGAGGAUUUAAUUGCAGAAAGGCAGCAUAUUGUCGAAGCAGCAACAUUGAAAUUGAGAGGUGAUGAGGAAGCAUACCAAAGGCAGUGCAUUCAGUGGGCUGUGAAUUUCCAGUUUUUUUGGCCAAUUGUUUUGCUGCAGAUAGUGAAGAGAGUCGUUGGAGCUGUACAGUGGGCUGGGCGUGCUUGGCCGGGUAGGCCUGUUUACACAGAGACCACCAGGUACGGGUUUGGAUUCAGCCAAAUUAGGCCUGGUGAUGUGGCUCACCUUAAUAUCCCUAGAUGGGCGGGGGUGGUGGUUUGA